CAGGUGUGAGCUGAACGGGCGCGAGAAGCCUGUACCUGAGUAGGGCUUCACCUGUAAAUGCACGAGUCGGGAUUCAGAGAGGGGACAGUGCUCCGGUCACCUCCAGCCACCUGCCCCACAUCUCUACCACCUGACUCUGGGAGAACGCUAAACCAAAAUCAUACUAAUAAUACAACCAAAGCGAGCAGCCAUGUUAAGCGUGAAGGUUAUGAUGUUGAUACUUUGUCUCGGGGUUUCUCGAGGCUCUCCGGAGGACGUGUACCUCAGCGUGGUUGACUUGCUGUCUCCUGGGGAAGAGUACCUGCGUGAACCCGCGCUUCACUCCUUUUUCAAGCUUCUGGAGAACCGUGUGCAGUGCGCCGGUGUGUCGUGUGAAAAGUGCCUUUCGGUGGAGAGUGUGGGGCAGCUGCUGAGUAACUACUCCAGCUCCAGUGGUGUGCAGGAGGAGGAUUUCUUCAAGUUAGCUGCUGGAUGCUCUCUGCUGCUCAGCUCCCCGUCAGACACCUGCCUGGCUAUCACAGAGGGACGCUGGGACCAGGAGACCAGACGCUUUAUCCACAUGCUGUUGAACCACAGCAAGCACGGCCUGGGAGAUCUCUUACAUGAUAUCCAAGAGCAUUAUGUCCCAGAACAUCACAAUGAGCACUGCAUCACUCUGACUGACAUCCUGAAAGAGAGCCAAGUGACUCUGCCUGAAGGAGUCCAUCAUCACGCUGACCCUCACUCUGACCUCCAAACUGUGUUCGGUGUUAUACUCUACCAUGUCUUACUGGGAGACUGCAUCACCUCUCACAGCCUUCCCACAGAGGACUUCUUCCUGGAUUACAUAUUCAACCACUUUGGCCAAGACAGCAGUGUUCAGGACCUCGACAGGUUGAUGAAAGCUCUGAACCUGGGAGAGAACAAGGCUAAUGACCAUGAGCAUGACCACAGUGCCGAGGCCCAUAAUGAAGACAUGAGACUCAUCCAACAUGAUGAAGAGGGCCUCAGGCAGAGUCGUGAUGAGCCUCGGGCCUCCAACAACAGCUGGGACACGAGGUGUUUCCGUGCCGAGGAGUUGUUGAAGAUUUACCAGAUGAACAGCUCAGGACUGGACAGAGAUCAGUUCACUCGCCUGAGCCCAGCUCUGAUCCAGCAGCUCCUUAGUAAUGCCUGUACGGAGACCAAACCCUCGACUAUAGUUCCUGACUCCCUCAGUAUCACCGAGCGAUAUGUGUAUGCUACCCUGGCCAACGCGGUGAUCUGUCUGAUGGCCAUGUUUGGGAUCGUGGUGCUGCUGUGUACAUCCUGCAGCAGCCUGUUCCAACUGUGUAUUCAGUUCUGCAUCAGUCUCGCCGUGGGCUCGCUGACGGGUGACGCGCUGCUCCACCUCCUUCCCAUGUUCUUGGGGAUACAUGUGCACAGCGAUGGAGAGAGUGAACCUGCACAUGACUCUACAUACAUCUUUAAACUGCUGGUGCUUUUGGGAGGGAUUUAUUACUUCUACCUGAUGGAGACUCUUUUCUCAAUCAUCACUCACAAAGACAAAAACUCUCACCAUCACCAUGGAGAGGAAGAAGAGGUGCACCACUGUGACCAUGGCAAAGUCCUACAGAUGUACCAGCAAGAGAAAAAGAGCAAACUCUCCACAUCACAAGCAGAUCUGGUAGAUGGGGAAAAACUGUCCUUUCCACAAGCAGAAGCAGCCCCUCGAACAAGAGAGCAGCGCCUGCUUCCAUAUAUGAUUACAAUCGGUGACAGCAUUCAUAACUUUGCAGACGGCCUGGCCAUCGGCGCCGCCUUUUCAGUGUCCUGGCGCUCGGGAUUGGCUACGUCUCUGGCCGUGCUCUGCCAUGAACUGCCUCAUGAGCUGGGCGAUUUUGCUGUGCUGCUGCACUGCGGCGUGUCGGUGAAGAGAGCUCUGCUGUUAAACGUGGGCAGCGCUCUGACCUCCUUUAUCGGUCUCUACAUUGCUCUCUCCAUCGCCACCGACUCAACAGCCAAAGAGUGGAUAGCAGCAGUCACGGCAGGCCUUUUCCUCUAUGUAGGACUCGCAGAUAUGCUUCCCACCAUGAUCCACGCUGACAGCAAGAGGCCAUGGCUGACAUUUGUGCUGCAGAACCUGGGCUUGCUUUCCGGCUGGGGCAUCCUACUGCUGCUCUCGUUUUAUGAAGAUAAGAUAGGCAUCUAGAGAAUUUUUUACAAAUUGACUUAAUUUAUUUCUUUUGUGUAGUAGUCCAGAUUUUUAGAGAAAAAAAAAAGAAUGUAAAGAGGGACAGAGACAUGAAGUGGGUUUCGUCGAAUGAACAACUGGGGACAUGAAUGGAAAAAUACCACAGAGUCCCAACUAAACAGUUUAAUGACACUAUGUGGCCAACUGUUUGUGGACACCUGACCAUAUGUGCUUGUUGAGCAGUACAUUCCAGAUUUACUCCCUUCUGAUAUUCUUCUAGAUUUUGGGGUGUGAGUGUGGGAAUUCAGCUUCAAGAGCAUUAGUGAGAUUAGACACUGAAGUUGGGGGAGGAGGAGGUCUGAGGUGCAGUCUUAUUCCACUUCAUCUCAUAGGUGUUUAGUGGUAAUUUCAUGUUGGAAAAGGCACCCUCAGUUCCAGUGAAGAGAAUUUAUAACGCCAUAGUUAAUCUAUAAUAUUUUGUUGCUUACAACUUUAUGUGAACAGUUUGGGGAAGAGGUGAGGUUUACGCUUAGCUAUACUUUGUGUUAAACACACACUGAUCGAGACUAUUUUAUUUACUUGAUCAAAACAUUGACAGUAAAUCAGGUCGAGUCAAGAUCAUGUCAAUGCAAAACUUCUAUGCAAAAUAUAUAAAGGUCUGCAGAUCUGCAUGUUAUGGAGAAGCUCUGAAAAUCAAUGCAGUUUCACUCUUUUAUAUUUGUGCUCAAUCAGUGUCCCAUUUUCUUUUGCUAACAAUCAUGAAACACUCAAACCAGUGACACACAAAGCAUUUCACACAGCAACAGAUACAGUACACACAUUAAGUGCUUACACAGGGCACAGACUGUAUACUGUUGGUUUACCCGAUUAAACGGCUAAGUUUAAGUAAGAGCAGAUGCAGAUUAUAGUUUCUGAAGUUUGUACAUUAUUAGUUUCUUUUUAUUUCUUUUCAUAAGCAUUUCUAAAUAUACUAAUUCCAAUGUCUAACUUUCUUUUAUUCUGUUUUGAAAUUAUGAACAUGUGUGUAAAAGCUCAGCAGCUUGGCAAAACUAAAUAAAUAAAUCAACACUG